ACCAUAUCAAUUAUGUACUGAAACAGUUGAAUCCUGUGCCGCGAAUGUUCGUGAUGAUGGUUACUCUAUCUUCUAGGAGUUUGCCGUAUUUCCUGUUGGCUUUAAUUAAUUCAAGUUUGGGCGACGGAGAUGGACGGAUAAUUUUCUCGAAAAAUGACGAUGAUUCCUAUGACGUCAUCGUGAACUCUGACCUGAACGACGACGUGCCGCGCUGGCUCUUUGGAAGCAGCUUUUUCGGUUUGCCUUACGGUUGGAGGUACAAUGACGACAUCACAGCUACCAUCAGAAUGGACCGAGACCGUUAUCAAAUUGUGGCAGACCUUAGAUUUUUCGAGGGUGAUAGUGUCAAAGUGAAGAUUACAAGUGGAAAUUCCAUCACCGUAUACGCCAAACAAAAAUACCGAAAUGAGUACGGAAGGUCUACUUCGAAAUCAUUUAACAGAAAGUUCUCCGUUCCUAGGACUUACAACGUCAAUAGAAUGGAAGCUCGACUGUCUUCGUCGGGCGUUUUGACCAUAAACGUACCAAAUGAUAGAGAUAGAGACACCAUUUUAUUCUCCAACUCUGGAUACCGGAACAUUUACUAUUGAAAUUGGUAUUUUUACCUGUAAUUUGAGUACCAAAAGAAGCAAAUAAAUAAG